CCCCAGUUGAUGGAUUCUGACAUGGACUAUGAGAGGCCAAAUGUUGAGACUAUCAAGUGUGUGGUGGUAGGGGACAACGCUGUUGGGAAGACCCGCCUUAUCUGUGCCCGGGCCUGUAAUGCCACACUCACUCAGUACCAAUUGCUUGCUACACAUGUACCCACUGUCUGGGCCAUAGACCAGUACAGAGUUUGCCAGGAGGUGAGUGGUGGAGUUAUCUGGUUUUGACUGUUAAUUACUGAAAAGCUUUGUCUGUUUUCUCAGUUGUCUACGUUUUAGAUAAUGGACUGCAUGGGGUUUGAAAUGAACCGUUUGGUCCACCAGCAACUUGAUGGUGAAGAAAAACAAUACUGAAAUCCUCUGUUUUAAGUGCUACAGUUGUGUAAACUGUUGUUGCACUUUGACAAACCUGCAACACACAAUGUUUACCGUUGGCUUAGCACAUUAGGCUUGUGGUCAGGUGUUAGUUUCACAUUCUGCCGUUGUUGGUAAUAUCCAUGCAUGUGAAAGAUGUGUCUCUGGUCAGGUUCUGGAGCGAUCUAGGGAUGUGGUGGAUGACGUCAGUGUGUCGCUGCGGCUCUGGGACACGUUUGGGGACCAUCACAAGGACCGGCGCUUUGCAUAUGGAAGGUGAGAUCAGCUGACCUUGUUUACUCAUGCAAGUCAUGGAACUGGUGCAGAGUAAACUAAGUGGACCUUUCCUCUCUGUCCCUCCCGUAACCCCACUCGUCACUGCAGGUCGGAUGUGGUGGUUCUGUGUUUCUCCAUCGCAAACCCCAACUCCCUGUACCAUGUGAAGACCAUGUGGUACCCUGAGAUCAAGCACUUCUGCCCCCGGGCUCCAGUCAUCCUGGUGGGCUGCCAGCUGGACCUGCGCUACGCUGACCUGGAAGCAGUCAACAGGGCACGACGGCCACUAGCAAGGUGCCCUACAACUACUAAGUCCAGUGCUUUCAAUCUAAAGCAGUGCUUUUCAUCUCAAGUUAAAGUUGAUAGCCUGUGAUUGAUAGAUUCACUGUGUCACCAUUAGAAAUGUAGGUACCACUUUGUGCUAAGAUUAGUAAACGAUGUAAUUUACCCUCAUGUUGAUGCUGCUCUGAAUCAUGUUAAUUUAGUUCUUAAACUCACUUAACCUUGGCCUCAUUUAUGGUCAUAUCUUUCAGACCCAUUAAAUACAAUGAGAUUCUGCCUCCAGAGAGGGGCCGUGAGGUGGCCAAAGAGCUGGGAGUGCCAUACUAUGAGACCAGUGUUGUGGCUCAGUUUGGAGUAAAGGACGUAUUUGAUAACGCCAUCCGGGCCGCCCUAAUCUCACGCCGCCACCUGCAGUUCUGGAAGUCUCACCUGCGCAACGUGCAGCGGUCCCUCCUCCAGGCCCCCUUCCUGCCUCCCAAACCUCCACCACCCAUCAUCACUGUGCCACCUCCCCCCACCACCACUGAGGAGCAUCCUGGCCGUCUUCUAGAGGACCCCCUGUGUUCCGAUGUCAUCCUGGUCCUACAGGAGAAGCAGAGAAUCUUCGCCCACAAGAUCUACUUGGCCACGUCCUCCUCCAAGUUCUAUGACCUCUUCAUCCUGGAUGCCCGGUCUGAGGAGGCUGAGCGGCCCCCACGCACCACUGCUCUGUCUGGCCGCGAGAUGCUGAUGCGUGCUGCCAGCUUCGAUGUGUGUGAGAGCCCUGACGAGGGCGACAGGGCCAACCUGCGGGCCUGCACCAGUGACGGCACCCUGAGGGACUCUGAGGGGGGCCGGAGGGGCAGACUGCUGUCUACCUGGAGCAGGGCUUUUGUCAGCAUCCAGGAGGAGCUGGUGGAUGACCCAGUGACCUACAGCCCCAGGCCUAUGACCGUGGUGCACAUGGACCAGUCCAUGCAGCUGGGGCCCUUCCGCGCUGUGCUGCGCUACCUUUACACAGGCCAGAUGGAUGAGCACGAGAAGGAGCUGAUGCACAUCGCACACAUUGCUGAGCUGCUGGAGGUCUUUGACCUGCGCAUGAUGGUGGCCAACGUCCUUAACAACGAGGCCUUCAUGAACCAGGAAAUCACCAAAGCCUUUCAUGUACGGCGCACCAACAGAGUCAAAGAGUGCCUGGCCAAAGGCACCUUCUCUGGUGAGAGCACAUCAUAAUACUGAGGGCUUUUGUACACUCUGUCCUAAGUGUUUCUCCUCUGGGAUAUAGAGGUCUGAGGAUGGGGAAGAACAUGCUGUUAAAAAAACAAGGUAAACUUUUGACAGGACUUGUAGUAAUAGAGGAAGAAGGAGAAGUAUGAUUUCUCUUUGUGUUCCAGAUGUAGUGUUCAAGCUGGAUGAUGGAACGAUCAUGGCCCAUAAGCCCCUGCUCAUCUCCAGCUGUGACUGGAUGGCAGCUAUGUUUGGGGGGCCCUUUGUGGAGAGCUGCACCAAAGAAGUAAGUCGAUCCUUUACACCGUCUCGCUGGAGUUACAGAGUGUGCCACUAUAUUUUAUUUUAUAAAACCUUGGUCUUGGUCAUGUGCACAAUAACAAGACCUUCUGAAAGUCGCCUAAAUAGCCAACCUAAAUAACCAAACACACAAGAUCACAGUAGAAUGCACUAGUGAACAGGAACGGGAAAAAUGAUGUCGAUCUGUGCCUGUUGUUGUCUCAGGUGCUGUUUCCUAACACUACUCGCAGCUGUAUGAGGGCUGUGCUGGAGUACCUGUACACUGGGCGCUUCUGUUCCCGCACUGACCUGGAUGCCAUGGAGCUCAUUGUUCUUGCCAACCGUCUUUGCCUCCCACACCUAGUUGCACUAACAGGUAUCUAGUUGUUUUUGAGCACACCCUCAUACACAAUAAUAAUAAUAAUAAUAAUAUGCCGUUUAGCAGACGCUUUUAUCCAAAGCGACUUACAGUCUUGUGUGCAUACAUUUUUACGUAUGGGUGGUCCCGGGGAUCGAACCCACUACCCUGGCAUUACAAGCGCCAUGCUCUACCAAUUGACUAGUCUAUAGUUUAACACACACUUACUCUCUUUUUCCUUCUCUUCAUAGUGUCUAUUAGGCUAGGACGGUGCCUUUGGAAAGUAUUCAGACCCCUUGACUUUUUCCACAUUUUGCUACAUUACAGCCUUAUUCUAAAAUGUAUUAAAUAAAACAAUUUCCUCAGCAAUCUACACACAGUACCACAUAAUGACACAAUUUUUGCUAAUUUAUUAAAAGCAAAAAACAGAAAUACCUUAUUUACGUAAGUAUUUAGAACCUUUGCUAUGAGACUCAAAAUUUAGAUCAGGUGCAUCCUGUUUCCGUUGAUCAUCCUUGAGAUGUUUCUACAACUUGAUUGGAGUAAAUUCAAUUGAUUGGACAUGAUUUGGAAAGGCACACACCUGUCUAUAUAAGGUCCCACAGUUGACAGUGCAUGUCAGAGCAAAAACCAAGCCAUGAGGUCGAAGGAAUUGUCCAUAGAGCUCCGAGACAGGAUUGUGUCUCGGCACAGAUCUGUGGAAGGGUACCAAAACAUUUCUUCAGCCUUGAAGGUCCCCAAGAACACAGUGGCCUCCAUUAUUCUUAAAUGGAAGAAGUUUGGAACCACCAAGAAUCUUCCUGGAGUUGGCCGCCCGGCCAAACUGAGCAAUUGGGGGAGAAGGGCCUUGGUCAGGGAGGUGACCAAGAACCCGAUGGUCAAUCUGAGAGCGCUCCAGAGUUCUUCUGUGCAGAUGGAAGAACCUUCCAGAAGGACAACCAUCUCUGCAGCACUCCACCAAUCUGGCCUUUAUGGUAGAGUGGCCAGACGGAAGCCACUCCUCAGUAAAAGGCACAUGACAGCCCUCUUGGAGUUUGCCAAAAGGCACCUAAAGAGAGAAACAAGAUUCUCUGGUCUGAUGAAACCUGUAUCUUGAACCCCACAGUCUGGAGGAAACCUGGCACCAUCCCUACGGUGAAGCAUGGUGGUGGCAGCAUCAUGCUGUGGGGAUAUUUUUCAGCGGCAGGGACUGGGAGACUAGUCAGGAUCUAGGCAAAGAUGAAAGGAGAAAAGUACAGAGAUCCUUAAUGAAAACCUGCUCCAGAGCACUCAGGACCUCAGACUGGGGCGACGGUUCACCUUCCAAUAGGACAACGACCCUAAGCACAGCCAAGACAACGCAGGAGUGGCUUCGGGACAAGUCUCUGAAUGUCCUUGAGUGGCCCAGCCAGAGCCCAGACUUGAACCCGAUCGAACAUCUCUGGAGAGACCUUAAAAUAGCUGUGCAGUGACGCUCCCCAUCCAACCUGACAGAGCUUGAAAGGAUCUGCAGAGAAGAUUGGGAGAAACUUCCCAAAUACAGGUGUGCCAAGCUUGUAGCAUCAUACCCAAGAAGACUUGAGGCUGUAAUCGCUGCCAAAGGUGCUUCAACAAAGUACUGAGUAAAUGGUCUAAAUUAGCUAAAAUGUAAAAAAAAAAAAAAAAAAAAAGAAAACUCUUUUUGUUUGUCAUUAUGGGUCAUUGUGUAUAGAUUGAAGAGAGAACUGUGUGCACUCACUAACUGUAAGUCACUCUGGAUAAGAGUGUCUGCUAAAUUACUGUAAUGUAAAUGUAAAACAAAACAAAUGUAAUUCAUUUUAGAAUUAGGCUGUAACCUAACAAAAUGUGGAAAAAGUCAAGGGGUCUGAAUACUUUCCGAAUGCACUGUAUGUGUGUUGAGAGAACUGUCUGUUUCUGUUACUUUAAUAAUUCUGUUGCGAGUUAGAUUUGGCAAUGUGCAUAGUGACAGACUGUGGGUUUUUUAUAUUUAUGUCCCCAAGGGAAUAAUUGUCUUAGACACAUUACCGCUGUAAACAAAAUAGACACUGUACAUUACACACUCAACAUAAUAUAUACACUACAUGUUACCCUUAUCAUACACCUUGUACACUUCUCAUAUAGCCAAAUAAAUAAUACAUUGCACAUUCCCUUAUAUUCUGUCAGUGGUGUACUAACAUAGCUCAGGUUUAAGGUUCAGCUUACAUGUAGGGACCCUAUAGCGUCUGCCUGAAGGGAGGAGUUGAUACUCAGAGUGAAGUACAUGUGAGGGAUCUGAAAUUAUGCUGCCUCACACCCAUGACCUUCAUGGCAGUUUGUAUCAGGCGGGCUAUUUGAGAUUUCAGUUGAACUGAUUAAUUGCCAAACCAGACUGUGAUGCCAUCUCUAUGACCGCGUGGUAGAUCAGGAGCAUUAUUUUCUGGCCAACUCCAAAAAGCCUGAGUCUACAUAGGAAGUAGAGGUGUUGUUGGACUCUGGAGCAGACACUCUCUACUUGGACCCUCCAGCUCAGCACAUUGUCCAUAUAUACACCCAGGUACCUGUACCAACUAACCUGGGCUAUGUUGGCAUUGUGGACAACCACAGGCACAUGGUCACCAACAGAUUUGGGGUCAAACACUAUCUUCUCUGUUUUCUUUACAUUAUGGAUGAGAUGGUGAUCAUCACACCACUUGACAAACCUUUGAAUCUCUGACCUGUACACAGUAGUAUCAGCAUGUUUAUACAUCAGACCUUGAAUGGCGGUAUUAUCAGAAUUACUGCAAAUUAUUAUUAUUCUGUUGAUCAAAUCAAAAUGUAUUUGUCACAUACACAUGUUUAGCAGAUGUUAUUGCCGGUGUAGCGAAAUGCUUGUGCUUCUAGCUCCGACAGUGCAGUAAUAUCUAACAAGUAAUAUCUAACAAUUUCACAACAUAUACCCAAUACACACAUCUAAGUAAGGAAUGGAAUUUAAGAAUAGAUACAUAUAUGGACAAGCAAUGACAGAGCGGCAUGGACUAAGAUACAGUAGAAUAUUAUAGAAUACAGUAUAUACAUAUGAGAUGAGUAAUGCAAGAUAUGUAAACAUUAUUAAAGUGACUAGUGUUCCAUUUCUUAAAGUGGCCAGUGAUUUCAAUAGGCAGCAGCAGCCUCUAAUGUGCUAGUGAUGGCUAUUUAACAGUCUGAUGGCCUUGAGAUAGAAGCUGUUUUUCAUUCUCUCGGUCCCAACUUUGAUGCACCUGUACUGACCUCGCCUUCUGGAUGAUAGCGGGGUGAACAGGCAGUGGCUCGGGUGGUUGAUGUCCUUGAUGAUCUUUUUGGCCAUCCUGGAGGGCGGGUAGUUUGCCCCCGGUAAUGCGUUCGGCAGACCACACCGCCCUCGGGAGAGCCCUGCGGUUGCGGGCGGUGCAGUUGCCGUACCAGGCGGUGAUACAGCCCGACAGGAUGCUCUCAAUUGUGCUUCUGUAAACGUUUGUGAGGGUUUAGGUGCCAAGUCAAAUUUAUUCAGCCUCCUGAGGUUGAAGAGGCUCUGUUGCGCCUUCUUCACCACACUUUCUGCGUGGGUGGACCAUUUGGGAUACCCUGCGUGUUAUGCCUCUGUUUCAGAACUCUAUACAGUGACAGUCCUGAUGGAGGCUGCUAUGAUGGGGGCUGAUAUUGAUGGAGAUGUGCUGUUAUACCUGGAGAUGGCUCAGGUAAGAUCGAGGCCUUGUUCCUAUUGCAAUUCCAAGAGUGUUUAUAUUUUUUAUACUGUUUUUCUCCAAUCUCACAAAUGUUUCUAUUUCUAAUGCUAAGUUCUUUAACAAGUGUUACACUUUUAAAUGUAAAAGGUUAUCACGUAUGGAAUAAGGCCUUCGAUAAUAUCUUGUGUCUCUCUGGCAGUUCCAUUGUGCCCAACAGCUAACUGGCUGGUGCCUUCACCACAUCUGCACCAACUAUAAUAGUGUGUGCCGCAAGUUUCCUCGAGACAUGAAGGCCACGUCUACAGGUAAUGCAAGUCAAAUACUAACUAAAGAGACCUGUAUGUGCGUGAAACUACAACUUUCAUUUGAAUCUCCCAUUUACAUCAAUGCAGGAUUUGUAGAGAAGUUAUCAUUAUAUGAAGCAUUUGUGUUUGCACAUCUGUCUGCAUUUGAUGUUACUAAAGCUGUUGAGCCAUGCCUCUUGCAGACAACCAGGACUACUUUGAGAAGCACCGCUGGCCACCAGUGUGGUUCCUGAAGGAGGACGACCACUACCAGAGAGCAAGGAAGGAGCGGGACAAGGAGGACUACCUGUACCAGAGGAGGCAGUGUAAACGCAAGUGGCUCUUCUGGAACUUUCCCUCUUCUCCCUCUGCCAACUCCACCUCUUCUGGUUCCAAUGCUGUCAUCUGAUUGGCACUUAGGGUACAGACAAGGCCCUCUGUAGGGAUCACUUGGGAAAGUGGAGAAUCGGCACUGUCGGCCAGACUCUAGGGCUACUCAUUCGGGCCCUCCCUCCCUCAUUUCUGUUUUGCAUCUGCAGCCAAGCUACACACCCCCAGGUUUGCAGGGUCAGCUAAAUCGGGUAAUGAACGAAAUGAGUCUCUUGCUUUUUGUGUUAGCAUAUCCAUGCAAAGACAAUGAAGCUCAAACCUUAAAGAUCAAUGACUUAAACCUUAUGAACAAGACAAGGUAGAUGUUGGUGCUGGUGACUGCUCAAUAUGUUGUUGAUAUUCCUGCAUACACCACCAGGGGGAGAACUGAGAAAGUUAUGAGGGGGCUUUGCUUAAAGGGAUAGAACUGUGAUCCUAAGCUCAUGAUAACCAUUGACUGACUUGAAUUGACAACCAAGUGCUUAUCAGCUGCAACAGACAUAGCAAAGACCAAUGACCAGCAAACCAACACAGAAAUCAAGUCUCAGCGAUAGAACACUUUCUUGCCCUUAAGUGUUUGCACAAUCUACCAAACCAGGAUGUGUACAGUACAAUUAUAACCACUCAACCAGAAAUAUCAACAAAAUGCAUUAGGUCUGCAUCAAGAUUAAUCUAUUCAUGUCAUAUAGGACAUCCCCUUAGAUCAUCUGCCUACUGGAAACCUCUUUAAAUCUGUACAGAAUUACAAUUUAAAUGAAGAUAGCGGAGAUUUGACUCCUGUCCUCUUUUGUACAGUUAUUGUAUAUUGCAUUUUUCUGUACAACUUGCACAGCUGACGUUGAUGUGAGUCUAUACACGACCCCUGUGUUCUUGUGACGUAUGGCUUUCUUUUACACGGCCACAUUCGUCUUUUGACAAGAUGCAAGAGAACCUGAAUCACAGAGUAUUGUUCAGGAUUUGCUUUUGAAACGCCAACAAACACAAACAAAGCUCACCACUAUGUGUUGCAACAAUGGAAUAGCUUUGCACUACCAAGUUUCCUUCUCCUUAAAAUCUGCAAUUGUACCUUAUCAGGACAGUCUGAUAUAUUUAUCCACGUAUCUUGAAUCCCACAGCUUUAUGGUGAAUGCCACUAUCAACCAGACCAUUGUCAUUCACAUUAUAGCAAUGGAUCUGGUGCAUUUCAGAAACCAAUAGGCCAACUCUUGGACUUGGAGAAUCCACAUGUACAGCAGUUCCCCUCUUGGACGGUGGCGUCUUCGGCUUGUCUGUCUGUAAUGGGAAUGACCUUGCCUUUUAGAAGUUUGACAUUAUGCUUAUAGGGUAUCCCUGUGAUUGCAUGUCAUUGGUUGUUUCAGACGUACACAUACAGGAGACUGGGUCUCGUCAUUCAUCUAUAAAUUCCUCCUCACACUCUGCUAUUGGACUCUUCUCAAGAGAGGUGAGAGCGCCACCUGUAUGUAUCAGCAUGCUGAUGAGAAGAGCACCGAGGCCACUACAGUACUGGACUCACAGGUGUCUGACAUAAGCUUCAAACUAUCUAAAUGGGCUUGUAGAGAUGAUCAUAGGAUGAGAAAAAUAACAGCACUACAAGACAAGUUGAUAGGAAGAUUAAUUGAAAUCCUUAGUGUACACUGAAGAGAUAUCUGAAGAGGAUGUUUAUCUCCCUGUUGUCAUUUCACCAAAGACAACCCACAGUAUUGUUUGGAUUUAUAAGCAUGGUGCUCAUUCAUUAUUGUGAGUAUUUACAGUAGGUGUAUAUCAAAAGUGGAUUACCGAUUUCUAGCAACACAUUACAUGAAGUUGUCCCCAUUGCAGUGCCCUGGAAUUACUAUGAAAUGCCGGUGGUGGCCAGAAAUAAUAACAAAACUUGUUUUGUGCUAUUUGGGCAAUUUGUUGUAAGGUGUGAUAGUCUACUAGAUUUUUGCUUGUUUUAUGGAUAGUUAUUUUCACAUUUCUCCAAUGCUUGUGCUGACCUCUGGUUACAUGCACGGUAUGCAGGCAAACUGCUUUGAGAUCAAAAGAAGUGGCACUACAGCUUGAGAAUUAAAAUAUGACCUGGAGCACCCUCCCAGUCAAUAUACAGUAUUGUC